AUGACCUCGACUAUCGACCCGAAGACCAUUGGAAGGCCCGCAAGGCCUCGUCGUCAUGUUCGCACUCUUACUGGAUAUCUACCCGAGAAAGACGCGUCGGGCAGGGAGAAGUGGCCAAAGGGGGACGAAAAGACAUGGAAAGCGGGCCUGCGCUCAGUCGAUAAAGACGUCGACGCCAUCACCAAAUCCUUCGUCAACCAUGUACAGACAUCUCUUGCUCGCCAGCCAUACAACAUUGAUAACCUCGGCGGAUACCAGGCGACUGCGUUGUCGGUCAGAGACAACCUUCUGGUCAACUGGAACGAAACUCAGCUCCACUACACUCGCAAAGCACCUAAACGCGCGUAUUACCUUUCCUUGGAGUUCCUUAUGGGCCGAACCCUUGACAAUGCGCUUCUGAACCUUGGCCUGAAAGGCCAGUACAGCGAAGGUGUCCAAAAACUCGGGUUCAGUAUGGAGGAUAUUUUGGAACAGGAACGUGAUGCUGCCUUGGGAAACGGUGGUUUGGGCCGACUUGCCGCCUGUUAUCUCGACUCGUCUGCUUCUCAAGAGCUUCCACUUUGGGGCUAUGGGCUGAGGUACAAAUAUGGCAUUUUCCAGCAGCUCAUCUCCCCCGAGGGUAAUCAGUUGGAGGCCCCCGAUCCGUGGUUGGACAACCAGAACCCAUGGGAGCUUCCACGUCUUGAUGUCACCUACGAUGUGCGAUUCUACGGUCAAGCCGAGAGGUUGAGUGAUGGUACUGGGCGUGCUUUGUGGCAAGGAGGGCAGGAGGUUUUGGCCGUCGCCUACGAUGUCAUGAUCCCUGGUUAUGGCACGAAGACGACCAACAACCUGCGUUUGUGGGAGAGUAGGCCGAAGCGAGGUUUCGACUUGAAUUCUUUCAAUGCCGGAAACUAUGAGGGUGCGGUCGAGUCGUCGAACAGCGCUGCAGCCAUUACUUCGGUGCUGUAUCCCAAUGACCAUACGACGUUUGGCAAAGAGUUGAGGUUGAAGCAGCAAUAUUUCUGGACUGCAGCCAGUCUUCAAGACAUCUUACGUCGUUUCAAGAAUCUCAACAAACCUAUCCAAGAGUUCGCUGAUUAUGCUGCCAUCCAGCUCAACGAUACCCAUCCAACUCUCGCCAUUCCCGAGUUGAUGCGCAUUCUGAUCGACGAGGAAGAUCUUCGGUGGGACGUGGCCUGGUCAAUCGUGACGAACACGUUUUUCUACACGAACCAUACAGUGUUGCCAGAAGCACUAGAGAAGUGGCCUGUGCCGUUGAUUGAACACGUCUUGCCCAGACAUAUGCAAAUUAUCUAUGAUAUUAAUCUGUUCUUCCUCCAAGCUGUUGAGAAGAAGUUCCCAGGAGACCGCGAUAGAUUGGCUAGAAUGUCUUUGAUCGAAGAGGGCGUGCCCAAACAGGUCCGUAUGGCCCACCUGGCUUGCAUUGGAAGCCGCAAGGUCAACGGUGUCGCUGAGUUGCACAGUGAACUUGUCCGCACUACUAUCCUGAAAGAUUUCGUAGAAUUCGAAGGAAUAAGCAAGUUUGGCAACGUCACUAACGGAAUCACCCCUCGUCGCUGGCUCGAUCAGUGCAACCCCGAGCUUAGCGCGCUUAUCUCAAAGACGCUGAAACUGGACAAGAGGGUCUGGUUAAAGGAACUGACUAAACUGGAAGGUCUCAUUCCGUUCGCUGAGAACAAGGCAUUCCGCAAGGAGUGGGCCGCGAUCAAGCAACGCAACAAGGAGCGUCUGGCACAUUACGUGCAGACUACGUUAGGCCUCAUCAUCCGCACGGAUGCUAUGUUCGAUGUUCAGAUCAAGCGUAUUCAUGAGUACAAGCGUCAAACUUUGAACAUCCUCGGUGUCAUCCACAGAUACUUCACUUUGAAGAGCAUGACGGCUGCCGAGAAGAAAAAGGUCAAUCCUCGUGUGGUUUUCUUCGCCGGAAAGGCUGCUCCUGCUUACUACAUCGCUAAAUUGACGAUACGCCUCGUCGUCAAUGUCGCUCGUAUCAUCAACGCCGAUCCGGACACUAAGGAUUAUCUCCAACUCUAUUUCUUGCCUGACUACUCAGUUUCAUUGGCAGAGGUUUUGAUUCCUGCGUCAGAUAUCAGUCAACACAUCUCGACCGCUGGUACCGAAGCGUCUGGAACCUCGAACAUGAAAUUCUGUUUGAACGGAGGCCUGCUGUUGGGAACUGUUGAUGGUGCUAACAUCGAAAUUGCUGAGGAGGUCGGCGAGAAUAACGUUUUCUUCUUUGGCCACUUGACCCCAGCCGUUGAGGAUCUACGAUACCAACAUCUCUAUCAUCCCAUUCCAAUUGAACAGAAGUGCCCCGCUCUUGCGAAUGUUUUGGAUCAGAUUUCGGGAGGUGCCUUCGGCGAUGCUGGGGUCUAUGAACCGCUCGUCAACACCAUUCGACAGUCUGAUUACUACCUCAUCUCGGACGACUUCGACUCCUACCUUGCUGCGCUCGACAUGGUGGACGAGGCCUAUCUUGACAAGGAGGAAUGGAUUAAGAAGUCGAUCUACACGACCGCCAAGAUGGGCAAGUUCAGCUCCGACCGCGCAAUAAACGAAUAUGCGGAAAGCUACUGGAACAUCGAGGCCUGCCCCGUCCUUGCUUGA